GUUAUUCAAUUUAUGCAAAGACUUAUGCGAGUUUUCGCGAUCAAUAAUUUUUGCGAUACUGAAUCUUCGACUGACGAGGGGAAGAACUAGCCAUCACCAUCCACAUAUAAUAAAAUGAUACCCAGCAGAGGGCUAAGGUGUUCGAACCAGGCGGUGGCCCUGGGUAGACGGCGGAUUGAAUCAUAUGGGAUUAGACAGUUCUCUUCAAAUGUACAUCGCCCCAUUAGAAAUAAUACAUAUCUCUCGAACAAAGGGAACAGCACUUUAUUUUCGCAGUCAAUUACUCGAUCAUCCCUCUCAAAAACCAAUACCUUGGUUCGAAAUGCCGCCUCCAUACGUUUCGCAUCAACCACGCCCUCCGCCGCACCUAUAAAUUCCUCAAUCCCCUCAGUCGAAACCUCCACACCCGAGUUCAGACCUACCCCGCUCGAUGUCACCCCGGAUGUCAAUCCUGAUAUCCUUUCCGCGCCCGAACACAUUGGUUACCUCCACUCUCUUGGUCUCGACUAUGGAUGGGGUCCUACAGCUGUCAUGGAAUGGAUGCUGGAGCAUAUCCAUGUCCUCGCCGGAACUCCCUGGUGGGUAUCUAUCGGUCUCGCGGCUGCCGCAUGGAGGGUUAUUUUGUUCAAGCCCUUUCUGGAUGCCGCAGAGAAUGCAUCUCGAAUGGCUACAAUCAAAGAGUUUACUGCUCCCGUCCAGGCUCUGAUGAUGGAGGCGAAAAAGAAGGGAGACACAGCGGAGAUGAUGUUGCAUAGAGCAGAAUUACAGCGCAUAUACAAACGAGCGGGGAUUUCGAUGUGGAAAAGUUUUGUGCCGGCAGUCCAGAUUUUCAUUGGGUACGGAACGUGGAAAUUGUUGAGGCAGAUGUCUGAUGUGCCUGUUCCGGGGCUGUUGGAUGGAGGAAUUCUGUGGUUCUACAACUUGAGUAUCCCAGAUCCUUAUUUCUUAUUGCCAUUGGCUACAAGUGGAAUCUUGCAUUACGUUUUGAAGAAAGGAGGAGAAACCGGUGUCAGUACUCUCACACCCGGAAUGGUGACUGCAAUGCAAUGGGGUAUGCCUCUCCUCUCUAUGAUCUUCACAUCGUUUAUGCCCGCUGCUGUUCAAUUGUCGUUCUUGGUAUCUUCCUCGUUCUCCUUUGGCCAGGCCACACUUUUCCGCAACCCUAAGUUCCGAUCUUGGGCAAAUAUGACUCCUAUCCCAACCCAGAACCUAUCAAUCCCCCAAAGUACCCUAAGGAUGAGAGAAGUUCCAGAAGCUGGGGGAGAAGCUACUCCCGGAAAGAGAUUCUCAUUGGAUGGCAGUUUGGGAAAUGUAAUGGACGGAUUCCAGAGCGCCAAGAAAGGUGUUGUUGAUAUGGCAAAAGAAAGAAGAGCAAAGUCAGAUGAUGCAUCAGCGAAAGCUAGAGCUGCUGCUUACGAGGAAAGGAGAAAGAGAGAGAUUGCGGAAGAACAAAAUGCUAGAAGGAGAGAAGAAAGAGAGAGAAGACAAUUGGAGAAAUCAGGGGGAAGAAAAAGGGGUAGAAGAGGGUGAACGAGCACAACAUACCGGGCCAUGUUGAUCAACUUUUAGAUUAGUGAUGUGUAAACUUCACCAGUGUGAUGAUGAAUGCGUCAAUGUAAAUUAUGUCACAAAAUGUUUGCAGAUUGAUUGGACUGAGGAGUUUCUCUGCUGAUGCCACAGCAUUUGUAUCUAUGUAUCAAAAUGGCAACUACUAAAGGAUAGCAAAGUGGUACGGGUCAGCCUUGAACUUUUAUGUGCACCGGAAAAUUUACGCAUAUCAGAUUUCCAGAACACAGUCUAAGUCCAGAUUGAGUGUGGAGUUUGCUGUCGAACAAUGAUUCUGCGAUAGAUAUCGUUGGUUUAAUAGGGGAAAGGUUAGAUAUCAUAUAUCUCUAUGCACGCGUGGAGGAAUUACAUGUGUGACUCGAAAAGCGAAGUACAUAUAAUUACAUUUUUAGCAGAGCCUAGAUCAAAAACCA